AAAUUUAUUUGAAAAAUCCUCCGGAGAAUAUUAAAUUCCUCCUUGGCUUCCAAGAAAAACUAGCAAGAACAAUUGUGGUUCAAUUCUUUGAUGCUUGCUUCACCAAAUGCCUAACCCCCUAAAACUUACAUUAGCACGUACACUUUUCUGACAUCUAUAUAAAGGUCGAAAGAAGAACAACCAUCAUAACAGAACUAGGAAUACUCAGCAAGCUUUUAUUCAAGUCAAAAGAUUUUACAUAGAACCAGCAGCAAACAAGCUUAUUAUAUCCUCAGCCACAGCAUUCAUCUACUUUUGUAUAGCCCCUGAUCUUGGCAACAACAAACAUACAGGAGCAGCAAAAGAUUUUCAAUCAACCGGCAGAAAUGGUGUCGCUGAGGCUGCAGAAGAGGCUAGCAGCCAGCAUUCUCAAGUGUGGAAGAGGAAAGGUCUGGCUUGACCCUAAUGAGACCAAUGACAUCUCCACUGCCAAUUCUAGGAUGGUUAUAAGAAUGCUCAUAAAAGAUGGUUUUAUUAUCAAAAGGCCUAGAAAAGUACAUUCAAGAUCACGUGCUAGAGAAGGAAAGGAAGCAAAAAGAGAAGGUAGGCACACAGGAUAUGGAAAGAGGAAGGGAACACGUGAAGCAAGGCUUGCGACAAAAGUACUAUGGAUGAGGAGGACAAGGAUAUUAAGGCGCCUUCUACAGAGGUACCGGGAAUGCAACAGAAUCGAUCGGCACAUAUAUCAUGACAUGUACUUGAAAGUCAAAGGAAAUGAAUUCAAGAAUAAGCGUGUAUUAAUGGAGAACAUCCACAAGUUCAAGGUCAAGAAAAUCAGAGAAACUUCACUGUACAAUCAGUUAAGAGCCAGGAAAGCCCACAGCAAAACUGCUGCUAUGGACCAGAAACAAUGAGAUAAAGAGAGUGAUAGCAAUGGAACCAUCAUCAUUGUCAUAAAUAAAAUCAUGUUAAUUGCAUUAAUGAAACUUCAGGCCUUAAGUUCUUCUUUGUUUCAUUCAAAUCAUUUGACUCUGUAUUCCUCUUCUUGUUACAAAGCUGAUGGACAAAUUGGUACAUAUACUAAUAAGAAUAUUAUGGACCGUACACAUGGAUUGACAACACUUAAUAUUGACAAAAAGUUUACAGGUUCAACAAUAUUGCCAAGUAAUUUGCCAGUCAAGAAAUCUAAGAACACAGAGAAAGAGAACACACGUAUGCAAACUGCACAGGCACACACACAGAGAUAAAGAAAAUGCUGUCACAACAAAACACAUGCUUUUCAAGGUAAUAAUACCUCUCAUUCUAUUGUUGCAUCAAAGAACAGUACGAUGCUAUUCCAUGG